ACUUCCAUUUUAUUUGAGAAAUUAAAAGCAAAAUUCAUAGCAUCGUCGGAAAAGGAAACCCGUCUAACAGAAGAGAAACUCAGAGAAAAUCGGGUCGCAAUAAAUCCAUCGAUUUGUUUCUGAAUUUCAGCAGAUCUGGUUUCGCUUUAUAAGAGAAACCCUAUUUUCGGAUUCAAGAUGAAGAAGGAUCACGAAAACGAUGUUGUCCGCAGCCGUUCUAGCUAAAUCCAGGUCGGAGAAAGCCAUUUUUCAUUUUCCGUUUUGGUUCUGGUUGUUUCUUGAUAUGGCCGAUGCGACCUCCGUCAUUCCUGCUUCCGUCUUCCGGAAUCUAUCUGACAAGCUUUAUGAGAAGCGUAAAAAUGCCGCUCUUGAGCUUGAGGGGAUUGUGAAGCAGCUUGCAACCGCCGGGGAUCAUGACAAGAUAUCUGCAGUGAUCAAUCUAUUGACGACAGAAUUCAUGUUAUCCCCUCAGGCGAAUCACCGCAAGGGAGGGUUGAUAGGGUUAGCUGCUGCAACUGUGGGGUUGACUACUGAAGCAUCCCAACAUCUGGAGCAAAUUGUGCCUCCUGUGCUGAAUUCUUUUUCUGACCAAGAUGCCAGGGUCAGGUAUUAUGCUUGUGAAGCUUUGUAUAACAUUGCAAAGGUUGUUCGAGGAGAGUUUAUUGUAUUCUUUAAUCAGAUUUUUGAUGCCUUAUGUAAGCUCUCAGUGGAUUCAGAUCCUAAUGUCCAGAGUGCUGCCCAUCUUUUAGAUCGCCUUGUAAAGGACAUUGUCACUGAAAGUGAUCAAUUCAGCAUUGAAGAAUUUAUACCUUUGUUGAAAGAGCGCAUGAAUGUCCUACACGCAUAUGUCCGCCAGUUUUUGGUGGGAUGGAUAACUGUACUGGAUAGUGUUCCAGAUAUUGAUAUGCUUGGUUUCCUUCCUGAUUUUCUUGAUGGUUUAUUCAGUAUGUUGAGUGAUGCUAGUCAUGAAAUAAGGCAACAAGCUGAUUCAGCUCUUUCAGAGUUUCUCCAAGAGAUUAAGAACUCGCCAUCUGUAGAUUAUGGUCGCAUGGCUGAAAUACUGGUGCAGAGGGCAGCUUCUCCUGAUGAAUUCACUCGAUUAACAGCUAUCACUUGGAUAAAUGAGUUUGUAAAACUUGGUGGGGACCAGCUUGUUCGUUACUAUGCUGAUAUUUUAGGUGCAAUUCUUCCCUGCAUAUCUGAUAAAGAGGAGAAAAUUAGAGUGGUUGCUCGUGAAACAAAUGAAGAGUUACGUGCAAUAAACUGCGAUCCAGGGGAAGCAUUUGAUGUAGGAGCCAUCCUCUCUAUUGCGAGGAGGUGUAGUUUUUUUUUUACCUGGGAAAUGCUAGCUUUGAAAUUUUAUCAGAAGUAGCACUUUUAUGGGCAUGUUUAACUCUUCUGUCUCUUGAAGAGCUAUAAAAGGGUGCUAUAAUGGCAUUUAUUUGGGAGUUUUGGAAUAAUUACUCUUGGCUAGGAUUUCAUGGUGACCUCUGGUUAGUUUAAUUGAUCAGGCAACUGUUGAGUGAGUGGGAGGCUACUCGGAUAGAAGCACUGCAUUGGAUAUCAACCCUUUUGAGCAGACAUCGUGAUGAGGUAAGAAAAAGCUGGGUGAAAAUCUCAUGCGCACAAAUUACUCUUUACAAAAAAAAAAAAAAAAAAAAAAAAAAAAAAAAAAAAGGAAGAAAAAGAAAAAGAAAAAAGAAAAACAAGAAAACUUGUCCCAAAUUUAAUUUGAAUGAUUUACACGUUUGAUGAAAAAAAUUGUUAAUUGUCUAUUGUAAAUGCUUACAGUUAAAUUAUUUGUUUUUUAUAUAAAUUGGAGUGAAAUGAAGUUUUCUAGUGGCAAAACCCUUUUUUUAGCAGUUGUUGACUUUGCUUCCAUAUGGGUGGUUAAUAUUCUAUCUGAACAGGUUUUGUGUUUUCUGAAUGACAUAUUUGAUACUCUUCUAAAAGCACUGUCAGAUCCUUCUGAUGAGGUAAUGUGUUUCCUGCCUGUGCAAUUUUCAUAUUUACAAUUUUUGCAAUUGGACUUCAGAUUUUUAUUAUCCCAGUUGGCAUCACCACAUUUAGAAUAGCAUUUUAUGUAUGUUGUGUUGCCUAACUGUUGUACUGAGGAAAAUGAAAUGAUUAUUUAGAG